AUGGGCGAACUAAAUAAAGACGAUGUUGAGAAAUACCUGGAGAACAACCCACAAUUUGCCAAGGAGUAUUAUAAACAAAAAUUACGACUGGAAGCAGUGGGAAGUGUCUUUACAGUCAACCCUGGUGAUGUGAAAGAUGGCUCGUUCAAGGAGAUGACUAGGCUAGAGGAAUGUCUGCUUUUUGAGUUGUUUUUACAGCUCCAAGAAGAAGUAAGCGCUAUGGAACAUAGUGCUAAAGUCUUGCAAAGUUGGCCCCAGUUGCUGGCAGCUGACCGUGUAGCAUGUUUUUGUCGUUCCCGCAAUGGUAUCCCAGAGCUGGCUAGCAGGCUUAAUGUCACCUCUACAUCUAAAUAUGAAGACAACCUGGUGCCUCCUCAGAAAGAGGUUGUUUUUCCUCUGGACAUAGGAGUUGGCUGGGUUGCUCAUACAAAGAAAACUUUUAAUAUACCAGAUGUAAAAAAGAACAAUCAUUUUUCUGACUUUGUGGAUAAACAAACUGGCUAUACAACUAUCAAUAUGUUGGCAACUCCAGUCAUGCAAGGCAAAGAAGUUCUUGCUGUGUUAAUGGUUCUUAACAAGAAAAAUGAGCCUGAAUUCUCUAAAGAGGAUGAAGAUGUCUUUAAGAAAUAUGUUAAUUUAAUUUCGCUUGCUGUAAAACAGUACCACACUACGUACCUGUACAAUGUUGAAUUGAGAAAAAGUCAGAUGCUUUUGUGGUGUGGCAACAAAGUGUUUGAAGAACUUACAGAUAUUGAACGACAGUUUCACAAAGCACUGUACACAAUCCGAAUCUACUUAAACUGUGAAAGAUAUUCCGUUGGCCUGCUGGACAUGACCAAAGAAAAGGAAUUCUAUGAUGAGUGGCCAAUUAAGUUGGGAGAAGCAGAACCUUACAAAGGACCCAAAACCCCAGAUGGCAGAGAAGUCAUCUUUUAUAAGAUUAUUGAUUACAUUUUACAUGGAAAAGAAGAAAUCAAAGUCAUUCCGUCCCCUCCUGCAGACCACUGGUGUCUUUCCAGUGGGUUGCCAACAUAUGUUGCUGAAAAUGGCUUUAUCUGCAAUAUGAUGAAUGCACCAGCAGAUGAAUACUUCAAUUUUCAGAAAGGACCUUUUGAUGAAACAGGCUGGGUAAUUAAAAAUGUCUUGUCUUUACCAAUCGUCAACAAAAAAGAAGAAAUUGUGGGUGUAGCAACAUUUUAUAACAGAAAAGAUGGCAGACCCUUUGAUGAAUAUGAUGAACAGAUUACUGAAAUGCUUACACAGUUCCUUGGAUGGUCUGUUUUAAAUACUGACACCUAUGACAGAAUGAAUAAGCUUGAAAAUAGGAAAGACAUUGCUCAGGAAAUGCUCAUGUACCAAACCAAGGCAACCCCUGUUGAAAUUCAGAGCAUAUUGAAAUGGAAGGAAAAAUUGAAAGUAGACAAUAUUGAAGACUGUGAUGAAAAACAACUUGUCAAAAUUUUGAAGGAGGAGCUGCCUGAACCAAAGGAAGUAGAACUUUAUGAAUUUCGCUUCAGUGACUUCCCCGUGACAGAACAUGAAUUGAUCAAGUGUGGAAUAAGACUCUUCUUUGAGAUAAAUGUCGUGGAAAAGUUUAAAGUACCAGCAGAGGUCCUUACAAGAUGGAUGUAUACAGUGAGAAAGGGGUAUCGUGAUAUCACUUACCACAACUGGCGGCAUGGCUUCAAUGUUGGGCAAACCAUGUUUACUCUUUUGAUGACAGGAAAAAUAAAGAAAUAUUACACGGACCUAGAAGCCUUUGCUAUGGUAGCUGCUGCUUUCUGCCAUGAUAUUGAUCACAGAGGAACCAAUAACCUGUAUCAAAUGAAGUCUGCAGCUCCAUUGGCAAGACUUCAUGGCUCUUCCAUUUUAGAAAGACAUCAUCUAGAGUAUAGUAAAACAUUGCUACAAGAUGAGAGUUUAAACAUCUUCCAGAAUCUAAAUAAGCGCCAGUUUGAAACCGUUUUACAUUUAUUUGAAGUUGCAAUCAUAGCAACUGAUUUGGCUUUAUAUUUCAAGAAAAGGACCAUGUUCCAAAAGAUUGUGGAUGCAAUUGAAAAAAUGGAAAAAGAAGAGGAUGCAAUUAAAUAUAUAUCUAUGGACCCAACCAAAAAAGAAGUAAUCAUGGCUAUGAUGAUGACUGGCUGUGACUUGUCUGCAAUCACUAAACCUUGGGAGGUACAAAGUAAGGUUGCCAUUAUGGUAGCAAAUGAAUUCUGGGAGCAAGGUGAUCUUGAACGAACGGUCCUACAGCAGCAACCAAUUCCCAUGAUGGACAGGAACAAAAGUGAAGAAUUGCCCAAGCUUCAAGUUGGUUUCAUUGAUUUUGUAUGUACCUUUGUGUACAAGGAAUUUUCAAGAUUCCACAAAGAAAUCACGCCAAUGUUUGAUGGUCUUCAAAACAAUCGGGUAGAGUGGAAAUCACGAGCUGAUGUAUAUGAUGAAAAAAUGAAAGCCAUUGAGGAAGAGAAGAAAAGGCAGGAGGAAGAAGCUGCCAAAAAAGGUGGAAAGGGUCGAAAAUAACCUAGUAACAUGGUGAUCCACAGCUUUCAAAUCUGAAGCAGC